GCCCACCAGCUGUCAAACUCUCGUGUGGCCAGUCAGUGGGGUGCCGCCAGCGUGUUUGCGUGUGUGCGUGCGUGUGUGUGUGUGUGUCCCUGUGUGUUGGUUAUAGUCUGUCUGUCGGUGGUGGAACACGUGUUGUCUGGACGCGUCCGGCUCGGGUUAUUUCUGGUUGGUCAGUCAUCCAGGCAGACUUGUCAACACUCCACCACAUCACACCUGACCUGACCUCGCCUGAUCUCACCUGACCUCACCUGCACCCCCACCAUGAUCCACUCCCUCAUCACGCUGCUACUCGGCCUUGCGACGCUAUGGGCCGCCGCGUCCGGCCAACAGGAGGGCGGAGGCGGCGGCCAGAGCAGCGACGGCGCCCAACACCUGACCCGCUGUAUUAAAAUGGCCGAGCCGCUUGUCAAGAGCCCCGACUACAUCUUCCCUCUCACCACUAAGGACAUCGAGGUCGUCUGCCAGCUAUGGCAAGACUUUGUGUACUGCGUCAAGGAGUACGCUGUGACACACCUCUCAGUGCCCCACCAGCAGGAGUUUUACCAAGUGAUCGACAGCUCCAUCAAGUCUGCUGACGAGCUGUGCAGGAACGACCCAGAGUACAUGAGAGCAUACAGGAGCAGUGCGCCAUGUCUUCGUCGCGUCUCCACCAAUGCCUCGCUGUGUGGGGGUCAGUACCGCUACAUGGCUGAUGUGGUGCAGGGGCUGACGGCCUCUGACGCGCAGGUCUGCUGCGCGCACCUCAAGUUCCGGGAGUGUGUGCUACAGCGGACACCCCGGGAGUGUGACAUUCCAGGGGGCGCCAUGCCUAGUAGCGGCCCGCCCUCACGGUUCAUGCGCUCCCUGCUGGACCGUGCCUUGGGGUACCUCCUGCAGAAGUGCCAGAACUUUGUACCCAAUGCUCGGGACUGUCCACAAGGGUCCUAUGGAGACUCAGCAGCCACCACCACCACCACCACACACACCGACACACCAACUAACCUUGGCUUCGGUAGCGGAGGAAACGGAAACAGCAACUCCAGUUCCUCACACAACCAUCUCAACCCAAAUGGCCCCCAAAAUGGCCCUCCAACAAGCACCCAGACCACCCGCUUCACCUGGACCACUCCAAGCACCCCCUCCAAAGCCACACAAGACCCUUCGCUCAGCUUAGGGAACAGCCUUGUCGGAGCUGAGAGCCAACAGUAUCGAGGGUCAUCUAGGGCCAUGGCACCGUCUAUGGCCCUACUCUGCCUCCUUCUUCUCUUCCUGGGCCCUCUCUAGGCUUUGUAUGCAGUGGUGUGGUGGUGUGGAAUGAGGAAUGAGGUUAGGUAGGCCGCCAGAGUUGUGUACUUUUGUAUGUAGUAGUCGGUUUUGUAGUUUCGGUGUAGGCAUACCUUUUUUUUGUACCGUAGAGACAAGUAGUGUACAUUUUGGGGGGACUGUUUUAACCUGUGACCUCUGACCUGUGACCAUGUGAGGCCCAUACCUAGUUGUAACAUACAGAUAGGGACAGUUACGGUCUUUGCCUCCACUGUAUUCACUUGUUUUGUGUAUUCCUGGUAAUAGUUUUACCCGACUUCUGCACCUUGAAUGGGAAACUCACCCAUGAGAACCCGGCUAAUCUAUGGCCUUGGGAAAUAGGUUAGUGCUGUCAGAUGCUUCCACCUCUCACAUCAACUAAUUCCAAAGGCCGAGAAGGAGAUCAAUCAGGUUCUAGUGGGUGUCUUUAGGUUCAUGGCACAGAGGAAGGGUCAGACUACCACCAGGGCCAUAUAACUAUCACCCAAGGAAUGACCCAGAAUCUUAUGGAAGCCAGGUAUAAGCUAACAUUUUGGGGUCAACCAAAGGGAAGACAGACUGGUUUAAGCUGCCCGUACGUGUCCUCAAUUGCAUUUAUUUAUAUGGUAGACUCUCUGAAGCGAGACAGUACCAAAGAAAUUCUAGCAUUAUGGAGGUGGUGGUAUUUCAAUGAGACAUAUUACUUUGAGACUGAUGGGAGUUGAUUUCUUAGUGUGUGUGUGUGUGUGUGUGUGUGUGUGUGUGUGUGUGGUGGGGGGCGGGGUGUCAAAUUAAAUGCAUGUUAUAGGGAAAUACUUUAAAAGAAAUGCGCUAAACAAAGGAGGAGGAGAAGGUAUUUCAAUGAGAUUUAUCACUUUGAGACUGACGGGAGUUAGUUUCUCAGUGUGUGUGUGUGUGUGUGUGUGUGUGUGUGUGUGUGUGUGAGGGGGUCAGGUUAAGAACAUGUUAUAGGGAAAUAAUUUAAAAGAAAUCCGCUAAACAAAGGAGGAGGAGGAGGAUGUAUUUCAAUGAGAUUUAUCACUUUGAGACUGUGAUUUAUCAAUGUGUGUGUGUGUGUGUGUGUGUAUGUGUGUGUGUGUGUGUAUGUGUGUGUGUGUGUGUGUGUGUGUGUAUGUGUGUGUGUGUGUGUGUGUGUGUGUGAGGGGUCAAGUUAAAUGCAUGUUAUAGGGAAAUACUUUAUAAGAAACACUCUAAAUGGAGGGUCUACUGUACCAUAUGAGGUUGAGUAUGGAGGCAGGCCGGCCAACACCCUCUGUAAACGCACAAUAAUAAGUAACGGUCAAGGUAAGGAGCAUAGAGCAAUAGAUCUUUUUAUAAUGUACUUAGAGGAAAACAUUGCACUUUAGACAUGUAUGCAGAUUUUGUAGAUUGAGUCCAUGCUAAGCUGUGCACUGUUUGUUGAGUGUAUGCAGCCAGGCUAGAGUGUUAAGGGGGAGUGCUGUGUAGUGUCUGGACAGGAAGAUGGACAGGUGGACUUAGUGACUGGUUGACGAGAAUGUUGUUAAAAGUGUUAUUUUAGAUUCCUUCUCUUCCUCCUCCUCCUCCUCCUCUUCUCUCUUUCUCACCAUCAUCCUUGUUUCCUCUUUUCCUUCUUGUAGAUUCCUCCUCCUCCUUCUAUUUCUCUUCUUUCUUCUCUUUUCCUUCAUUCAUUCUUCAGUUUAUUCCCUUCCUCCUCUUGCUCCUCCUCCUCCUUAUCAACUCCUUCCCUUCUUUCUUUCCUUCCUCCUGCACUCCCCAGCUUAUUCUCUUCCUCCUCCUCCUCCUCUUCCCUGAGAUGGAGCUUGAGAAAGAGAAGGAGGAGGAGGAGGAGGAGGAGGUGGAGGAGGAAGGGAAUAAGUUGAAGAAUGAAAGAAAGAGGAAAAGAAAGGAGGAGGAGGAGGAGGAGGAGGAAGAGCCUGGAAAAGCAGACAGAAAGAAGAUGAAGGAAGAAAGAAGACCCUAGAAGAGGAGGAGGAGGAGGAGGAGGAGGAAGCAGCACAC